CUGGCGGGCGUCACGGCUGCGGCAGCUCUGUGGAGACACACCUGCAGGCGACUGGACCGGCAGCCAUCUGGAGGCUCAGGAGAGGAUGAAGCCGCGGUGUCUGCUGUCAGCGGUGGACCGACUCCCAACCAUCAGCGAGCUGCAGGAGAGCGACGUGGAGGACGACCCCGACCUCUCCCUCCACGAUUACGCCAGCUCCAUCAGAGAGCUGUCCCAGCCUGCUCCCUACCCUCGACAGGGGCCGCUGCGAGGCCACCGGCGCUGGAUGGUGCGCACCAGUACGAGAGCGCCGACCGUACCAGCUGCCGCGUUCGCUCCCUGGAUUCCUGUGGAAGUCUCGGACGUGUCCUUCAGCCUCACCGAGCGGCCCGGCUGCGAGCCUUUGUUACGGCACAGCCGAACUCUCCUGGAGCAGAUGGUGGUCAAGUCCCAGUUCGCAGGUCUGGUGUGAGGUUGCCACACCGCCAGGGGGUGGUGAACUGAACGAAAUUGUUGAGUGUGCCAUCAUGUCGAAGCACCUUGAUUUAUUCCUGCACUCGAUCUUGACGUACUUUAACACUCGUGCUUAAUACAUUAAGACCACUCUGGUCUUGAAAUGUUUGGCAACAGAUCAUCGGCAUUAUUAGAAUAAAGUUAUUCAAAAAUGUCUGAGCUGCAGAAACAGUUGAGCUGGAACUCUGAGUCACUGAAAGGAAUCGCACCAUCAGGCCUGUGACGUGUGCUGAUUUGCUCAGACGGUCUUCUGUGGAAGCGGCGGUUCUGGAAACAAGGAGUUCUGAAAUGAUCAACGCAGCAAAUGUCUUUAGUGACUCAGCGGUGUUGCAACAUAGAUGAGGCUCUCAUGGGGUGACACGAUUCAGGGGGCUCAUGUUGACCCCUGUCCACAGCAGUGAUACAGCUGUUGGUAGAAAAUGGUUUUCAUCAUUAAAAUAAAUGCUACACAAUGAAUUCUCAACUUUUGUUUUUCAGCCCAGGCACACCUCAACCUCAAGCAGAGACAAAAACACAGGAGGAAAAGAACAAGUACAUUUUAGCUUAAAAUCUUGAUGAGAAAAUAGAGAAAAAUAAUGAAUAACUUAAUAUUUUAAUUACAUAAUGAUUUAAUAAAACAAACAAAAAAAAUAAAAAUAAAAAAUAAAACUUGCUGACAACGAAAAACUCACAAAAGAGUCUAAAAUAAAUGAAUCCUGCACCAAAAACACAGGAGGCAUCAGAGAAACAAAUAUGUGUAUGAUGCAUUGAAAAGACAAAAACAACUUCACUUCAAGCCAGUCAUUGAUUACAGAUAAGUGACAUAAAAGGCUACAAAACAAUAAAGUGGACGAAGUCAUGCACAAACAGAAAAGACAUUAUAACUAAAUAUAAAACAGCAGCUACAAAGGAAAAUGUUCAUCCCAGUCAGGCAUCACACAAAGCGUCCAUUCUCAAAAACUGUGAUGAAGUAUAUAAUUUAUUAUCUAUGUAUUUAUUAUCUAGUUACUUAUAUUUUACAUAUUUGUCUUGUGUUGUUUGAUUGUUUGCAACUUUUUUAUGCUGUUGCUUUGUGGAUGUCUUCGAUGUUUGCUGAGCAUCUUUAAUGUCUUUGAUAUGUGUCAGUGUCUUUGUUGUCAUUGGCAGCAGUGACUUGUUGAAUUUCCCCACUGUGGAACACAACAAACAGACAAGUACAAUAAAAAGUUUUAUAUAAUGUUGCCGUAAAGGGCGAAGCUGAUCACAAAAGAGGGGAUGUAUCAUGAAGAGCAGAAUAAAUAAAUAUGAAAUUGCUCUUCACUUGGAAAAAAUAAACAAACAGAUCAAAAACAAAAAAUAAAACAAAAAAAAAAAAUUGUCACAUGGCCACUGACAGUAAAUUAAAUCUAAUCCAUGACAGCAACACACUUGACUGAUGAACAGAAACCUGAUGUUGUUAAAAGAAGCCAAGACGUCACUCUUCCUGUGUCUGGCCUCGCAGCCCCCCGCAACAGGUCUUUGUUCCUAUCAUGAUUUACUUUCUCUUUCCUUUUCCCUGAAGUCUCCCGAGCUCCAAGAAAUGAGGCAGGACUUGGCUGGUCCGGUUCACAUCAACAG